AUGGGUAUUCCGGUAACCGUUGCAUACGACAUGAUCGUGAACGGCGUCAUGCAUUCCUGUUCCAGCCCAAUCUUUCUGUCCGAGACCCCGGAGCAGCAUGAGGAAGAGGAGGACGAGGGACGGGAGGAGGAGGGGGCAGAGGGAGGAGUGGGAAAGCAGCCAGGGUGGCGGCGAGCUGCACAACGGCGGCUGCAAUCGGUUGGGCUCGGUGACGCCAUCACCACUCCCACUGCCCCCCGUAUCUUGGUAUACUUGCCCACGUUCUGCGGCUUCGCAGGACCAGCUGCCACCACACCGGAGGCUGUCACCGACUUGCUCGUGUUUGGCAAAAACAUGUGGUCCAACAGCUCUCUGGCCGGGUACUUGAGCACUUGCAGCUACGGCCAAGUGAAGCUGCUUCCCGAGAACGUCAAGGUCCUGGACGGGGUGCAGGUGCCCUGCAGCGGCAACCUGCAGCGUGGUCACCCCUUCAGCACCGGCAGCUCCUUCACCACCCGCACAUGCAACGAGGCGGACAAUAUGGCCAAAUGGCAUUACUGGCUGGAUGAAUGGGCGGCUGCGACCCACGGGGUGAGGGCGGCGGAUUACCACCACAGGGUCAUGGUCCUGCCAAAGAGCUUUGUGGACCUCGUCACGGGCUGCGGCGGCUUCUCCGGUGCGGCUACCCCUGGCCGAUGGAGCUUCGAACGUACGACAGUCAACGAUUGGGGCACCAGUUUGGUCUGGUGGGGCGGCGACAGUUACGGAGAUUUGGAGAUGUUGCUUCACGAGAUCGGCCACACGUACGGCAUGGGUCAUGCAACAAUCCCCAACGGAUGUGAUCUGUCUGACCAGUGCGACAACACAUGCACCAUGGGUGCAGUUGGAGGCCAGGGCAUUCGCUGCUUAAGCGCGCCACACAACUGGCAGAUCGGCUGGGGAGGGCCAUUUCUACAACUCAACGACGCGAGCUUGCCGUACGGCAAAACGACUGCCGUACGCAUUCCUCAACAGCUUACUGCCACGAACUCCUCUGUGAUGAUCACCGGAGCAGGCUUGUCGCCCACCCAGCGUCUGUUCAUUGCAACGCGCAUCAACACUUACCCGUACGACCUGCCCUGGUCGUACAAGAGGAACGGCAUGCCGUACAUCGUACUGCACAAGUACAACGGUACGAUCUGGCACCCUGGCAUUCAGACGGUGUUGGUUGGCCAGGUCGAAGUUUCUGGGAUAUGGCGUGAUGACGUCAGCGGCCUCGCUGUGCGGUUCGACAGUUGGAACAGCACCACUGGCGCCGCUGUGCGGAUCUGCCGUCGCCGUUACGCAACCGAACUGAACUGCCUCGACGGAAUCGACGACGACUGCGAUUUCCUGACCGAUUUCGACGACCCAGACUGCUUCGCCAGCAUCUACAAGCCCCGGCCGCCGUUGCCACCACCAGCGCCGCCGCCGCUACCACCACUGCGCCCGAUGCCGCCGCCACUCCCAUCCCCACCUCCCAGGCCGCCUCCGAAGCCCCCGGGUCCUCCAAAGCCGCCCGCCAAGCCGCCCGUCCCCCGGCCGUCCCCGCCGCCGCCACGACAGCCGCCAUCCGCUCCGCCGCCCACACUGCCCCUGCUGCCCCCACCCAGUCCCCGCCCGCCGCGCCCACCGCCUUCCCCGUCACCAUCACCGCCUGUGCCACCUUUGCCACCACCGAGCCCAUCACCGCCCCGACCUUCAUCACCAAACCCCAGGCCGCCACUAAAGCCACCCGGCCUCCCAAGGUCACCACCCGUCAAACCGCCCAUACAGCGCACCCCGCCGACAUUGUCACCCAAAUAG